GAUAUUUUUGCUCUGUUUUCACCAGAAAAGAACGACUGUCAUUUUUGUAAACCUUUAAGUAAGCACUUUGAAACAAACACACAGACUAAAAGUAACUAUUAUUUCAUUUAAGAGUAAAUAAAGUUUUUCUCUAAUAUAUUUUUUCAGCACUUUAGACUGGCAUGCCCUUCUGUUCUGCUGAAGAGUCCAUUUGUCUUUACAGCAUUACAGCACAUAACAUCAUUAUCUAAGUAUAAUCAUGCACAAUUACUCUGGGAGUUACAUGCUGCGGUCUCUGCUCUCUUUAUUGGAUUUUGUACUUUGGACACAAUAAAACCUUCACAUAUUUACAGACGACAGAGGAAGACGGCAGUGUGACUGCACUGUAAAUUCACCAUGUUUCAUCUAAAGAAUAUCGCUGCCUUCAUAAUACUCUCUGCCUGCAUUUAUCAAGCUCAAGCUGGUGGCCAACGGGCGACAUCAGACACAGGAAAAGUCACAUUACAGCCAUGGCUGGUGGGACUGGCAGCCGUUGUUGGAUUUCUCUUUAUCGUCUUCGUUGCCCUCAUCAUCCAAAGACUUUUUUUCAAGAAAGACAAAAGUGCAGAAAAAGCAGAAAAGCAUGGAUUUUAUGAAAACAUAGCAGCUGAUCUGGAGGCAAGUGAGGAGACCAAGCAGACCAAUUUCUAAUGAGAAGAAAAGACGAUAACGUCCUUGCAAGCCCGUCUUGCUCUCUAUGGAAAUCAUGCUACAACUUUAUGCAGUAAUUGUUAUUUAAUUAUAUUCUAUCUUGUGUAACAUGUCAAUAUAUCAUUUUAAGUUAUACUUUUUGGCCUGCGGUUUUUUAAAGUUGUUUCUUAUAUCCUCCACCAGAUGGCGCAGCCUUCACCCAUUCACAGUGCUAUUUAAACACCUUUUUUUGGCACAUUCUCUAUGCAAGUUUUACUACUUUGGUGUAGAUGUAACUCAAAUCCCUAAAUAUGAAACAUUCAUUAUAGCACCGAGACCACUGGAACAGAAAAGCACAUACUAAAUGAUUCACUUUGUGCACAUAAUGCUCUGAUAAACUGGCUUUUGACUCGUAUGACAUGUCUCUGGGUUCGGCAUGUAUGUAUGCUAAAUAGACAAGGCUAUGAGAUCCAUUACUCAUUUUGAGUGACAGUUUGGACGUGUUAAAUGCUUCCAGUCAAAUGAUGUAACCCAGUUUUGCUUUUGGAACCAUUUGCUUGGCCUGGGGGGAUUAUGUGAUGAAAAUUUCAUUUGCAGAAACAAAAAAUGGCCAGGUGUUUAAUUGUGUUAAUAGGGAGUACAAUUAUUCCUCUGCUAAAAGGUGUAAUUUAAAGUAAACAGUGUUUAGAGCAAGACAUUGCAAGCAAAAACAUCU